AUGGCCUCGCGCCUCUUCUUCGACCCCCUCGUCGCCCUCCGCGCCGCCCCCCUCGUCUCGUCGACCUGCUCCCUCCUCUUUGCCUGGGACCAGCACUUCUUCCUCGGCCUCCUCAACCGGCCCGAGAACCGGCCCCACUCCCGUCCGCUGCUCCGCUCCUACUUCUCCUCCUUUUUCCGCCGCGCCCUGCCCUUUGUCGUCGUCACCAUCGCCGCCUCCACCUGGCUGGGCAUCGGAAACCUCUACGCCCGUCCAGACGCCCUCGUCGCCUCUUCUUCGUUGCGCUGGUAUGCUGCCGGCUCCGCCCUCGCCGCCGCUCACUUGCUCUACGUGCCGGCCAUAGCCCCCAGCUGUCGGGCGCUCAUCUGUGCCGAUGGACCUGCCGCUGGUGCAGACGACGACGUCAACGCUUAUCUUGACGAUUGGCUCACCGUCAACGCCCGCCGCAUGCUGACCGUCGACCUUGCCGCCUGGGCUGCUUUUGUCGUGGCCGUGACCAGGUCGCUGCCGCACAGUAGAGUGAGAGAGUAA